AUGUCCAAUCCAUCUCUAUACGGACAACCACGAACGAAAAAAUCGACACAGUCCGAAGCCCCCUCCGCCUCCACCCUCGCCUUCACCAGCACCCUCUCCUCCUUAAUCGCCAAAGACAGCACCGACUCCUCAUCAACUCGCGGCACCGGCCGCCCACGACCCUCUAAAGCUCCCAAAUCCGACAUCUUCAGUCGCCCCAACAAAGGCGCACAGAAACGUGCCGCUGCUGACCUCCGCGACGAUGACAACGCCGCUCUGCAGCAGGCGCACCAGCGCACGCAGGACAUCGGGGCCGUGGACGCCGCCACGCUACACCGGUCCAAACGGCGGAUGGAGGAGAAGGUUCGGAUGUACGAAGACAUGUCGCGGGGACUAUAUCUAGCCGGUGGAGAGAGUGAUGAUGAGGAGGAUGACGUUGGACCGGGGGAUGCGUAUCUGGCUCGGUUGCGGCGCAAGGAGAGGGAAGGGUUAGUGGAUUUUGAUCAGAAGUGGAGAAAGGAUGACCGUGAAGAUGAUGAGGAGGAUGAAGAUGAAGGAGAAGACAAUGAUGAUAAUGCGUCGAUUGUUUCCUACGAAGAUGAACUCGGCCGGUCACGGCGCGGACCUCGAGCAGAGGCGGCGCGUGCGGCGGCGCUUAAAGCGGAGGAAGGGGAAGGGCGAGGAGGAAAUACAGAGAGGUGGCGUCCGGCGCGCCCAGAUAAUUUGAUCUAUGGGGCGACGGUGCAGGCGGAGGCAUUUAAUCCAGAUGCGGCGGUUGCGUCACGGAUGUCGGAUCUGGCUGCGCGGAGGGAUCGGUCGGCUACGCCGCCGGAGGAGAUGCAUUAUGAUGCUGAUGCGGAGGUGCGGAAUCGGGGUACGGGGUUCUAUGCUUUCUCGAAGGAUGAGAAUGUACGGAGACAGCAGAUGGAAGAGUUGCUGAAUGCGCGGGAGGAAACGCAGCGGGAGCGAGACGCCAGGCGGGAAAGACGUGCGGAGCGCGAGCGGUUAAGGGAUGAACGGAGGAAGAAGGUCGAUGAACUGAGGGCUAAACGACGCGCGGAGAUGUUCCUCGCCGGUCUGGGAGACGCGGGUCUACUGGCAGGGGGCAGUGGAUAG